CGUAAAACCUUUUGUUUUGGUGGUGCUUGAUACGAAUAUUUGAUCCAUCGAUACUCACAAUGAACGUGCUGGUUAAAAAUAAGCCCGUAACAAAGUUUAGUGCAAAUCGACAAUAGCCAAAACCGGCUACACCCAGUGCCCAGAGAACCAUCCAAGGCUACGAAUCUCGACAUGAUCUUAUGAAAUAUCUCACGUGAAUCACAUGAAUCUCGCAAUAUAUUGUAUGUAACGUUCACAUUAAGUUAUAUUAGAACUUAAAAUACGUAAUAUAAGAUACUCAAACAUAAAUGCUACCAUCAAGUAUAUUCUAUGCCAAGGGCAAAUACAAACGAAAGCUGCUGAUCGUCACGACGAUUAUGUUGGUCGCAUUUUACGUCGUUUACCUUUCGGAUUUCCAUUCGGCCGAACGGAAUUGUUUUAACCAACAGUACCGCAGUCCUUGGUUGGUUUUGGAGGACGUUCAGCGUGCACAGCAGCAACCGCUCGAAGGAAAGAAUAUAUUUUUCCACGAAACAUCCUGUUCCGGCGAUGGAGUGGUUCAUCUUAAUGCCCGUCAGGCUUGUGCCGUUGAAUCGGCCGCACGCAAGAAUCCAGAUUGGAAUGCGUUCGUGCUGUUUGCCGCUCCUGUUGGGUUUCGUAACAAGAGUCAGCUUCCACUGAUGGAUGCUUUGCUAUCAUAUAAAAACGUUCAUUUGCGGUUUGUAAAUUUAACAACCUACGCACAGGACACACCGCUGGAGGACUGGAUGAAGAGCGGCGAAAUCUUCCGUUCAAAGUAUAUGAACUCACAUCUGUCCGAUAUUAUGCGAUAUUUAACGCUCUAUAAGUACGGUGGAACCUAUUUGGACCUGGAUGUGGUGGUGCUGAAAUCUUUCGAUACGCUCGAGCCGAACUAUGCUGGUGCGGAGUCUCCGCGCUGGGUGGCAGCUGGGGUUAUUAAUUUUGAACACACUGGUCAUGGACGAGAACUGGCGGAAAUGUGUGUAAGAGACUUGUUAAUCAAUUUUAAUGGUCAGGACUGGGGUAAUAAUGGUCCUGGAGUCAUUACUCGGGUGCUAAAGCAAGUCUGCGGUACAAAUGCCCCUUUAAUGAUGACCCGCGAGCGGUGUCGGCACUUUACCGUUUAUCCACCGGAGGCCUUUUAUGCUAUCAACUUUGAGGAUUAUUUGCAGUUUUUCGAGGAACGCUGGCUGGAUAAGGCCCUUGCUACGGUCAACGGCUCGGUCGUUGUGCAUGUGUGGAACAAAUUUAGCAAAGACCAUCCGGUACGGGUCGGUUCUCAGGUAGCUUAUGGAGUAUUAGCGGAACAGUACUGUCCCCGUGUAUACAAAGCUAGCGGUGAGUUUUUCUAGCGCCAUUAUUUUAGUGUCUAUAUAGUUUGGAAAGUGAUUUGCACAAUUAUUUAUUACACAUAAGUUUCACUUUUGCAUCUUGGUUUCCAUCAAUGUUUUAGAACCAAUCACAGCAAGAUCAAAUUUUUGCAUCGAACAAAUCUCUAUAGAUCUGCAUUUCGGAAUAGCAAAUUUAAAUUCCGAAAAACGUGAAACUUCGAACAUAUACACUUGUUUAACGUUCAGUAUUGAUAGCAAAAUACUUAGAAAGCACAAUUGAAUCUCACAGAGCAACGAAGUGCGUUUUGUUUUUAUAUAAUUUGGGGGAAUGCAGUUCCUACUUUGGAAACAGCAUGGUUGCAUCACAGUUUUCUUUGCUUUAGUUCAGUAAUCCAUAAAGAAUAAAUAGGAUGAAUUUAUAAUCUGCACUUCUGCUUUUACUGGAAGAACGAAAAAAGUAUUCGAGCUUGAAAUUGGUUUCAGAAUACUGUUCUGUUCUGGUGAUUAUCAUUUACCUUCAUUCGUUUUGGUAGCUAAAGCAGAGAAUCAUCGAUGAAACAGCAAAUUCAUCGUAACAUUCCAAUUCUAGUACCUACAAGGGAACAAACGUAAUAGAAAAUAUUAUUCAGUUAUCUAAGCUGAAAAUUGUUAUAAUAUACUGAAGCAGCACACACACAAAUACUCGAAUGAAAGUUUAAAUUAGGAAAAUUAAUCGAAAGAAAUAGAUUUUUUAUUUUAUACAACACAAGCUUUACCAUAGCAUAAAUUACAUUCACAUUACAUUACAAUUUCAUUUUUUUA